AUGGCGGUGUCGGUGGCAGUGGACUCAGGCCCCGAGCGCCACCAAAAGACUCCACAGUCUCGCCUCUCGGGGCAGCAGGACCCCGGACGAGCCCCCUGGGACGACCACGGACAGCGGCUGCGCACCCUCCACGACAGAGGGAGGGAGAAACAGAAGAAAACCAGCGGCAGUAGUGAUGCCUUUGUAAAGCAGUCAGCGCCAGACAUUAGAAGAAAGUUACAGAAGCUGGACGAUUUGGAAGGGGAAACCUUGCAGGACUUGCUGGCCACAGCGGGACUGGCCAGAAGACAGACAAGUGAAGGCGACCGGGGAGAUGACCGAGUCCGGGUAACAGCAAUAAGCAGCAGCAGCCACACCCUCCCUCCACCAGAGGACCCCCAGAGGGAGAGUUGGGGUUCGGCUCCCCUCCUUGAACCCAGGGUAACUCUUAAGGUGGAGGGGACUCCGAUAGACUUUCUAGUGGACGCUGGAGCUCAGCAUUCCGUCCGGUUGAAACUCCAAGGAAAGUUACCAGGAAAGACAUCCUGGGUACAGGGAGCUACCGGAAUGUGCCAAUAUUCAUGGACUACCCGAAGGACAGUGGACCUAGGCAUGGGCGGGGUAUCCCACUCAUUCAUGGUGAUCCCAAAAUGCCCCUACCCCUUGUUGGGAAUAGACUUACCCAAAUGCCCCAUCCAGGUAUUAACUCUUGCCCUGGAGGAUGAAUACUGGCUUCACCAGCAGCUGGUAGCCAUUAAUGAAAACAUACAUUACUGGCUGCAAUCCUACCCUGAGGCUUGGGCAGGGUGGGGGGCUGGCAAAGCACAGGCCUGCAAUCUUCAUUGAGUUAUUAGAACCUGGUGCAGACCAGUCCGGGUUUGACAUUACCCAGUGUCCACGGAAGCCGGAGUGGGGAUAACACCCCUCAUCCGGUGUCUGUUGGAAUUGGGGGUGCUGAGACCCUGGCAGUCAGCCUGGAACACUCCUUUGCUGCCAGUCCGCAAGCCCCAGUCAGAUGACUGUCGGCCAGUACAAGACCUGAAGGAAGUAAACAAGAGGGUGAUGGACAUCCACCCAACUGUCCCCAACCCACACACCCUCCUGAAUGCACUUCCACCAGAACGGCAGUGGUACACUGUCCUGGACUUGAAGCAUGCUUUCUUUAGCCUGCCCCGGCCGGCACCCAAAAGCCAGAAAUUGUUUGCCUUUGAGUGGACAGAGGUUGAGAAAGGCAUCAGCGGACAACUAAUCUGGACCAGACUCCCCCAAGGAUUCAAGGACUCUCCAAGCAUCUUGGACGAGGCACGGCAUGAGGACUGUGAGUUCAGAGCAGAACGCCCUGACUUAACCCUUUUGCAGUAUGUUGAUGACUUGCGGAUUGCCACCAAGACCAGAGAGGAAUGCAAGCCGGGGACUAAGGCUUACUCAGAGCCUGGGAGGCGUGGGUUACCGCGCUUCAGCCAAAAAGGCCCAAAUCUGGGAGCCAGAGGUAACUUACCGGGCUACUUGAUAGAGGAAGGACAAUGGUGGCUCAGGCAAGCUAGAAAAGAGACCUUGCUGAGAAUUCCCAGGCCCCAGACCCCGCGUCAGGUGAGGGAAUUCCUGGGGCCAGCAGGUUUGUGUAGAUCGUGGGUCCCUAGCUUUGCUGAGCUUGCAAAGCCCCUCUAUGAAGCCGCUAAGGACGGGCAACAGUUUCAGUGGACUGAGAAAAUGGAUCAGUCUUUUAACCAAAUUAAGACUGCCUUGCUGUCAGCCCCUGCCCCGGGACUCCCUGGUGUCACUAAGCCCUUUCACCUGUACAUGGCGGAGCACAAGGGGGUUGCCAAGGGAGUCCUGACCCAGUAUCUGGGCCCAUGGAAGAGGCCAGUGGUUAACUGUCGAAGGGGCUAGAUCCUGUGGGGGCCGGAUGGCCACCUUGUCUGAGGAUGAUUGCAGCCACCUCCCUGAUGGUGAAAGACGCAGAUAAGCUGGCCUGGGACAAGAACUGUACAUCGCCACACCCACGCUGUUCCAGGGGUGCUGAGGCCAUCAGACUUCCUCCCUUCCCGGGUUUGCUACUUGACCCUCUCAGAAUCAGUUUCCAGACCCCCUCAGCACUCAACCCCUCGACCCUGCUACCGGACCCAGACUUGGAGACACCUCUGCAUGAUGGCACAGGAAUUUUGGCUCAGGCUCACGGCAUUCAGCAUUUGAGAGGACCUUAAGGAUCAGCCUGUACCCGAUGCUGACCUCUUGUUGUCCAGGUGAUAAGCCUGGAGCUUAUUGACCUCUGUGGUUCACGGAUGGAAGCAGCUUUAUCUGAGCAGGUCAGUGGUAUGCAGCGGUAGUGACUGAGACCCAGGUGAUUGGGCUCAGCCUGUACUAGCUGGGACUUCCACCCUGAGAGCCCAGUUAGUGACACUGACCUAAGCAUUAACGCUGGGUAAGGACACGAAGCUGAUGGUGUACCCCGACAGCCGCUCUGCAUUUCCACUGCCCAAUACCUGGAGCCAUCUGUAAGGAAAGGGGGAUCCUGACUGCAGAAGGGAAGGCUACUAAAAUCAAAGAAGAAAUAUUAGCCCUAAUUAUUGCCCUGUGGCUGCCAAAGAAAUUAGCCAUUGUCCACUGUCCAGGGCAUCAGAAUCCCAAAGACCCUGUAGCCAGAGGUAAAAACCUGGCUGACAAGACAGCCUGGGAAGUUGCCCUUCGCAGGGAUCCUGUCUUAGUAACCAACCUUCCAGACCCAGGACCCAGACAGCUACCAGACCAUCCCCAAUAUACUAAAGAAGACCUGGACCGGACUCAUAAAUUACCCAAGAAUGGUACCGGGUGGCGGAAGACCAAGUCACACUGCCUGAAAGAAUGGGAGAGCAGCUAUUGCUAAAAAUGCACCAGACCACUCACAUGGGCACUAAAGGAUGCAAGACCUGGUAAGACACACCAAAAUAAAGAUUAAAGACGCACAUUCUAAGACUGAUCAGGUUGUAGCUAGUUGCAAAGCCUGCCAGCUGAGAAAUGCAACCCAGCGUGAGGGCAACUCGGGAUCGCGACAGAGAGGUGAUGAGCCUGGAGCUUAUUGGGAAGUGGAUUUCACUGAGGUAAAACCAGGAAAAUAUGGUUAUAAAUAUGUGUUAGUUUUUAUAGAUACUUUUUCAGGAUGGGUUGAAGCAUUUCCCACCAAGCAUGAGACAGCACUGAUGGUGGCAAAGAAGCUACUAGAAGACAUGCUGCCCAGGUAGGGCCUCCCAGUAACGAGAGAGUCAGACAAUGGACCAGCUUUUGUUUCCAAGGUAAUUCAGAGCUUGGCUAAUGUUUUGGGGACCAAUUGGAAACUACAUUGCGCAUAUAGACCCCAAAGUUCAGGACAUGUAGAGAGGAUGAAUAGACUCUAAAAGAGACCCUAACUAAAUUGUCCAUGGAGCCUGGCAGUGACUGGGUGGCUCUCCGUCCCUAUGCCCUGUGCAGAGUGCAGAAUUCUCCGUACAAAAUAGGACUUCCCCCUUUUGGAAUAGCGCCCCCUUUGAUUCCCAGUUUUCAGUCUGACUGACUUGCUGAAUUUGGUGAUGACCAGCUUUGGCAAUCCCUCAGGGCCCUGUAGCAGGCCCACCCGGAUGUGUGGCCACAACUGAAGGCCCUCUAUGAGACUGGACCACCUCUGGAACCUCACCGCUUCAGGCCAGGAGCCUGGGUGUUCCUUGAGAAUUGAUCCUGUCUAAGGCAGUGCCUAACAUUAAGGAUUGUCAUUGUCUUGAUUAAGAACCUAAGGACGGGGGCUGAGGUUGUGGCUCAGCGGUAGAGCCCUCGCCUUGUA